AUGGGUUCUGAUUCUAAUCGUGUUGCUGCACUGGUUAGUAAGUGGGCUCUUGAGUUUAAAGUUCGUUAUAUGGGGGUUUCUUCUUUCUUUUUGAGAAUUGAAACUGUUCAAUUGGCUACUGGCCUGCUCUUGUCUCAGCAGCGUUACUUGAAGGAUAUUCUCAAGCGAGCAGGUAUGGUUGAUUGCAAACCGGUAGCCACGCCGGUGUCAUCUGCCAAACCCGUGGAAGGCCCUGUGGUCCCGUAUGCCGAUCCGACUCAUUACCGCAGUCUUGCAGGGGCCCUACAGUAUCUUACGGUAACUCGUCCUGAUCUCUCUUAUGCUGUUAAUCGUCUGUGUCAGCACAUGCAUGCUCCUACCACUGCAGAUUGGGCGGGUUUGAAGAGAGUCCUGCGCUAUGUCAAUGGGACUCUCAAUCUUGGUCUCCACAUAUCUUGUUCUGAGUCUCUUGAUAUUCAUGCAUACUCUGACUCGGAUUGGGCUGGUAAUCCGGAUGAUCGGAAAUCCACUAGCGGUUUUGCUGUUUUUCUGGGAAAGAAUCUUAAAUCAUGGGUGUGUCGCAAGCAACAGACUGUGGCUCGCUCCUCAACCGAAGCCGAGUAUAAAGGGUUAGCUGAUGUAUCUGUUGAAGUCACUUGGCUUGUCUCUCUAAUGCAGGAAAUGGAGUUCCCAGUCAUCUCUGCGCCGAAACUGUGGUGUGACAACCUAGGGGCGACUUACUUAUGCGCUAAUCCAGUGUUUCAUGCUCGCACGAAGCACAUCGAGAUUGACUAUCACUUUGUUCGCGAUAAAGUCGCCAAGAAUGAGUUGCAAGUUCACUUUAUUUCAACCAAAGAUCAGAUAGCCGAUAUUUUUACUAAACCUCUUUCUUCCUUACGUUUUAACACACUUCGUCACAAGCUCAAUGUUUUGGCUAGCCAACCUUGUGCUUGA